GACCACCAGAGAGAGCAAACAGAAGAGAAUAAGAGACAUACAGACAGUGAUAGCUGUUCUUCAGUAUUCAGUUGAGAUGUGGUUGUGUGUUUGUCUGCUUGGCUGUGGACUUCAGCUCGCUACAGGCUGCACAGGAACUUCAUCACCCAUCAGUUGUUCUCCAGGAGAGUCUGCACUGCUGCCCUGUAAAGAGAAAUCCUCACAAGAUGUAGAUAUUGAGUGGCAGUACUCCACUUCUAGUGCCUCAGAUCCCAAAGACUUAGUGUCUCUAAACUCUAGUAAGAAUCAACAUUAUAAAGGCAGAAUUCAGAUUUAUACGAAUCACUCAUUAUCCAUCACUGAACUCACUGCAGAGGAUGCUGGAAGGUAUUGGUGUAGCAAAAAGAGCUACACUGAUCUCAGUAUUAGUGGCUGUUCAGUGUCAGAGAACAAAAUAUCAGUGGAGAUCAGCAGAUAUUCAGGAGAGUCGGUGCUGUUGAAUUGUUCUGUUAAAUGCAGCGGUGCUCAAUAUUCAGCUAAUCAGUCUAGAUGGAAACUACCAAAACAAAGAGAAAUAAAACCAAACGUUAAUUCUAGAGAACUGAAUCAGCUCUAUCAGGGCAGAGCUCAGAUAUUUGAUUUCAGUUUAGGAAAUCUUUCUCUGUUGAUUUCUAACGUGACUGAGGAGGAUGAAGGAUUAUAUUCCUGCUGGAUUAAUGAGAAUCAACACAAGAACUUCAACCUCACCAUUAAAGGAUGCACACUGUCGGAGACUGAGGUCGAACCCAAAACAAAGUACCCCGGAGAUUCUGUGCUACUGUCCUGCUCAUGCACAGACCCAAAGACUAAACCUAAGAACUUCACAUGGAUCCAUAUAGACUCGAAUGAGACUGAGGUGUCCAACGAAACGUCACAUUACAAAGGCAGAAUCCACACAUUUCAGAAGACAACUCCAUCAAAUCUCUCUCUGUUGAUUUCUAGUCUGUCUGAAGAAGACCAGGGGAUGUACAGAUGUACAAUUAAUAAUUAUAUAUCCACACAAACCAACAUCACUGUUAAAGGCUGUGUGUUGUCUGGACCUAAUGUUAUUAACAUCUCAUGUACAGCAGGACAGUCUGUACUGCUUCCAUGCUCCUGUAACGAUGAUAAAACUAAACCGAAUCACUUUGAAUGGAAGCGUGCAGACUUAAAUCGGACCAUAGUAUCAGAUACGGAGGACAUAAAAGUUCGAUUCAAGAUGUUCAUGAGAGAAUCAUCGAAUAAUUUAUCCUUACUGAUCUCAGACCUGACUGAUGAAGACCAGGGGUGGUAUGUGUGUACAGUCAAUGGGAAACAAACCAUAAACAUAAAUCUCACUGUUACAGGGAACGGAGGUUACGAAAGUAAACAGGACUAUAUAAAAAAAAUCCUGAUUCUGAUCUGUCUGGUGGUUCUGUUCGUACUGGGAGCAUCUGGAUGCAUCUGCUGGAGAUAUAAAAGAGCACACAGAGAAAGAAGCAGAGAAAGCCAAGUAAUCCAGAGAACAGAUGAGGAUGAUGUGACAUAUUCCACUGUCAUGCAGAUUAUAGAUAGAAAACCAGCAGAAAGGCAACAAGAGAAUGAUGUGACGUAUGCAGCUAUUGCACUAGACAAGAGACCCAAAACUGAGGAUGAUGUCACUUACUCAUCUCUAGUUCACAGCAACUCACACAGAGCAAGAAUACAUAUAAACUCUGAAGAUGCCAGUGUGUACGCCAGUUCACACAAACCUGCAGAGCAUCAUCAGCAUCAACACAAAUCUGUCGAUAUGAGCACAUCUGUGAGUUAUCACUGCGUAUGUAUGUUGUGUUUUGCGGUGUGUGUGUUUGGAUGGCAUGAUCUAGAUAACAGUGAAUAUGACUGCUGGCCGCUCGACAAACCAGAUGAACUCAACAUGAUUGACUGCGGAGGUCUAGAGAUGGCGUGGGUUCUGCGUCCUCCAGAUAAGGUUCUGAGCGGUGAAGAAUUCACUGUCAUUUACUCUGUGACUGUCAGAGAAGAGUUUUACCAGUGGGCCGUCAACAAUGAUAUCUUCAUACACAGGUCCAUCACAGAUCCAGAAGAAGCUAGAAGAUUCUGUGAGCAUCAUGAAUGUCCCUCUAACUGGAAAGAUGCAAAUGGAGAAAACUGCUGCAUCCAUCACGCCAACAUCCACUCCUGCCCCAUGGGAUACAUGCAACAGGCAGAGGAGAGAAUUUGUGGCCCGUGGAUUCCAGAUGAUGGCAGAAUAUUUACUCACACCAUUUCAACUGCGGGAAAAAUGACCCAGACAAACUGGACUGCAAAGGUGGUGUUGUUUCAUGAGGGGUUGACGUCUCUGAUCGCUCACAUCCGUGUGGGAAGCAUGCAGGUUGCACUGGAGGCAAAGAGCACUGUCCUGCCCGCUAUCAUGUGUGGUGACAGUUUGUGUGAGGAAGAGGAGAGUUGUUCUACAUGUCCUGCAGACUGUGGUGAUUGUCCAAUGAGUUCAGCUGUACAAGCUGCAAUCGCCCUCACUGUUACCAUCAUCAUCAUCAGCUUCAUCAUCAGUGCUAUGUGGUUUAAAUAUCAGAAACAGAAACUGUUCUGGGAUGAAAGUUGGAUCAUUGACUUCAGUCACAUUAAACAAGAUCAUGUUGCCCGGGCGACGAUGGGCAGCAUCAUGAGCAUCCCGGUGGCGAACAGUGACUCUAAUGCGAGCUGUGUGACGGCGCUGAGCUCUUACACGGGCUUCACCACAUCACGCAAACAACUCUACACACUGACGGGCAUCUAUGAUGGACGAACUGUUGCCAUCAGGAAAAUAAAGACCAAAACUUUUUCGCUUUCAAAGACGAUACGGCAGGAGGUGAAGCAAGUCAGGGAACUGGACCAUCCAAACCUCUGUAAGUUCUUUGGAGGUUGUGUGGAGGUUCCGAAUGUCGCCAUAGUAAUGGAGUAUUGUCCUAAAGGAAGCCUGAAUGAUGUUCUACUGAACGAUGAGAUUCCAUUAAACUGGGGCUUCAGGUUUUCCUUUGCAACAGAUAUUGCUCGUGGGAUGUCUUACCUGCAUCAGUUUAAAAUCUGCCACGGACGACUGAAAUCAACAAACUGUGUUAUAGACGACCGCUGGGUGUGUAAAAUCACAGAUUACUGUCUGUGGGUUUACCGUCGUGAGGACUGUGCCGAACCUCUCACCACAUAUCAGCAGAGACUGAAGGAGGUUUACACGCCACCUGAAGCCCAGAACGGCAACCAGGAGCCCACGCUAGCCGGAGAUGUGUUCAGUUAUUCAAUCAUCUUAUUGGAGAUAGCGACCAGAAAUGACCCAGUUCCGGUGGAAGACAGUUCUCUUGAGUGUGCGUGGUGUCCUCCGCUGCCCGAGCUGAUUUCAGGAAAAGCCGACAGCACCUGCCCGUGUCCUGCUGAAUACGCUGAGCUGAUUCGUCGAUGUCGUGCUCAUAACCCCGCCCACCGGCCAAUCUUUGAGCAGAUCCGCAAGUUUGUCUACAAAAUCAACCCCCAUAAAGUCAGUCCAGUGGAUAUGAUGAUGGAACUGAUGGAGAAGUACAGUAAACAUCUGGAGGUUUUGGUUGGGGAACGGACGCAAGAUCUGAUGCUGGAGAAACAGAAGACAGACAGACUGCUUUACAGUAUGUUGCCCAAACAGGUGGCUGAUGACCUCAGACAGGGCAAACCAUUACAAGCACAGAGUUACGUCAGUGCCACUGUAUUCUUCAGUGAUAUCGUGGGUUUCACUCAGUUAUCCAGCACUAGUACUCCAUACCAGGUUGUUGACUUCCUCAAUAAACUGUACACCACCUUUGACGAUAUCAUCGACAACUAUGAUGUUUAUAAAGUGGAAACGAUCGGGGAUGCAUAUAUGGUGGUGUCUGGUGUGCCCAGAGAGAACGGGAUUCUUCACGCGUCUGAGAUCGCCAGCAUGGCUUUGGAUCUGGUGUCCGUCUGCAAGACCUUCAGAAUCCCUCACAGACCCCAAACACAACUGCAGAUCCGUGCUGGAAUACAUUCAGGUCCAGUAGUAGCAGGUGUUGUGGGAACUAAGAUGCCGCGAUACUGUCUGUUUGGAGACACAGUCAACACUGCGUCACGCAUGGAGUCAAACAGUGAAGCACUGAAGAUCCAGUGCAGCUCCAGUGCUUUCUACCUGCUGGAGGAGAUUGGCGGGUACUUGCUCACCUGCAGAGGUGUGUUGCAGGUUAAGGGUAAAGGUGACAUGGUGACUUACUGGCUGGAAGGGAAACAUUCUUCGGCUCCCAAUAAAGAGGCAAAGAAACCAGUAACACUCCAGGAGUCUGAGAGACCCGUCCAGGAGUUUGAGACAGAGGAGUACGCCAGUAUCCCAGGAGUCCUCAGUACUUCUAAUGACACUGACCUCCUGUGUGACCCCAACUAACAGCUAAACACUAGCACACUGCAUGCAGAUAGCUCUGUCCUUUACUGUAGCAACAGGAAAUCUCACUUUGUAGAGUUACAUGUUUGUGUUCACACGUUUUUCAAGUUUAACCCAAUAGAGCGCAACAGUGUCCGUCCACUUUUUCAGCCGUCUUGAGAGAAAAAAGGACAGGAGUUUUACUUCUGGAACUUGACUUGCAUUCGAUUGAGACACCACAUAACUUUGGAAUCAUGUGUUGAUGUGUCCUAUAAAGCAGACCUUUAUGAUCACAUGGCUUCUGUAAUCACUGUGGGUACCAUCUGUGAAUUUCUCGUCUUUACUGGUUGUAUUAUUAGAGAGCACUUUGAGUUCAUAGUUAAAGGUGCUGCAAGCCGCUGAAUUAGACAUGCCCCCUCAUUUUAAAACCUGCUCUACAAAAGGAAUGAUUCACUUCAUCCAUCAGGCUCUCAGCUUCUUGCUGCCUAUAUAUGGGCUGCUCUGUGAAUGACAGUUAUGAAGCAUCUUAAAGGUGCUGUAAGUGAUUUUCAUUGUGAGAUUUCUCUCUGAUCUCUGUGACAGCUCUAGACUCUGUAAACAGCAAACAAAAAUGUGUCCGCGGACCGCAGACAAUGACGCUGUCUGCCUGUCAAUCAUUUUGCAUGUUCUCAUAGUAUUGUAGUUGCAGCAAAUUAUUGAGGCUUAAUGCCAUUUUUAUGCCAUGUUGUUCAUAAGAGUUGUCAGUUGAGGGCGCUAUUUUGCUGCUGUUGUUUUUAACAACUGUUUCUGCUUGAGUCGGUCCGACUACAUCUAAUUUGGUAUCUUAGUAGUGCUGGGUUUUGGAAAAAGGGGCGUGGCUAAUCCAGUGGCUCAGUUUGUGGGAAUUCUGGAAUGACUAAAAUUGCUUACAGCACCUUUAAAGUCUUCUGAUUGGCUAGCGCUGAGACAGAUUUGAUAUUUCAAUCUUUUCUGACAUUUUCUAUGUGCCGUUAUGACUCUGUAAGCUGUAGUUCAUUCAUGAUGGUGAAAUAUUUUCCUGUAAUACAUCUGUGAAAAUACUUACUGUAAUAAUCACUUUAAUAUCUGUAAUAUCUGCUCCUCUGUGUAUUUUCUUUGCAUUUGAUCAGUCAAUGUCUGUAGCAUCUGGAAACCGUGAGAGAUCUAAUGAUAGUAAAUAUU